GCUCCCUAUUUUCGUCUUGUUCUCGAGCAUUUCAACCCCCAAGACCGUCUUCUGCUUCGGCUAUUCGCUUCUCAUUACUUGCUGUCUAUGCCACCUCUUUUGUUACUGUCAGCAACUGAGUAAAACGUCUGUCUUCGGAGCCUUCUCCAAUUCUGAGUGGGAGUCAUCAUAUUCUCUCGUGCUUCCCACCCUCAUUCCGCGUGUCACUCACAGCCUACGCCACCGCAGCCUGCUGCUUAUGUGAACACACCCAAAGCGUCUUCAGCCUUACUCUGUCUCACUUGAGUCCUGGCUUUAUAAAACUGGGCCAAUUCUCAGCUCGUCCUCCUUUUUCUCUCCUACCCACUUUCCAACCUUCUUCUUGUUUAUUUGAGCAAGAAGAUCCCCUCCAUAGCUCUCUUGGCCUCAGACUUGGACCAUUAUUAUCUUAUCUGCAAGCAUGAGUGCCGUUGCCAUUCAGUUUGACCCGAGCUUCAGCAUGGGAUCUAGGUCUCAAUUUCCUUGGCAAGGAAUGUUUGAAUCUAGCAACUCUGUACCCGCUAUGAUGACACAAGAUUACUCGCCGAUUCUCCCUCCUGUAUCUGAGUCCAGCGUCUCUCCUCAGAGUCUACCAAAGAUGCUUCCCCCUAGCCCAUCCAGGAGCAUCCUCACCCCAGAGCAACGAGAAUUGAAAAAGCAGCGAGACAGAGCUCGAAGGGGUGAGAGAAUCACCACGCGAAUCAGAGCCGGCAGCAGCAGCAGCAGCUCAUAUAUGGGCUCACCACCAAUGACAAUGUCGGAUGCUACCAGUCCCAUGUCUCUUCCUGUUUACACAACGGCUCCCCAGCCCAUCUCCCUUUUGAGCGAGUCUGCUCCCUCAAUUCACGAGCCAUCGUAUCUCCCUCCUUUCAGCCCGCAUCUGCAAGAGCCGGCAUACGCUCCUUCAUACCAGCAGCCACUGCAAUCAAACUACCCCAUGUCAAUGGAUUACCCAGCCAACUACCCUUCAUCAAGCCCUUACAGCCUCUCUCACUCAUCCAUUCAAUCUGCGGGUCACGACAGCGGUAUGAUGUACCGUAUGCCCGCCUUACAAGGAGGUGGCAGCAACGGCAGCAACGGCAGCUCUACCAGCCAAGACAGCUCAGGCCACGUCCGCGUGGUGCAGAACCGCCCAAAGCCCCGUUGCUGGGAGCACGGCUGCAACGGCAGGCAGUUUUCGACCUUUAGCAACCUCCUCCGACACCAGCGAGAAAAGUCUGGCCAAGCAGCCAAGGCCACUUGCCCCAACUGCGGCGCCGAAUUCACAAGAACUACGGCGCGAAACGGCCAUCUUCUACACGACAAGUGCAAGCAGCGACGAAACACUUAGAGAUCUUUUAUUACAAUAAAGCUUUGCAUCGAAUCCGGGAUUUCAUUCGCUAUAACCUACGAUGAGGGUUAAGCGACGCAAAGUCGCUUCCCGUAUUGAGAAGCUGCCAUUUCAUCCUAGACGAGUGGACGUUUCUGGUGUCGCGGCGAUGAUUUCGCGGGACAUAUCGUUGGUGAUGGGGCCUCUCGACUGCGAAUCCCCCCAAUUUAUGCUUUAUAUUUUCCUAAUUCUUCUUUCAACUUUCGGAUUGCGGCUUUGUAUAAUAUUACUUAUUCCCCCCCAAUCAAUUGUCGGGUAUAUCUUCAGGUGUUUACAUGGAUGGAUUAUGAAUUACGGGUCAAAGUGUCUGGCAAACGGCGAGAGACCUUGGGGAAAUGAUACCCAGGGUGUCUAAGAAAUGGGAACCAUUUUUUUUAGAGCACGCAAACUAGAGGGAUAUAGACGGGAAGGAUCUGUCCGCACCGUUGCGAAGGAAUUUGACUUUUUUUGCGGAUGCUAUUUUCGUUUUGUUUAUUUCUUAUUGUAUUUGACAACUACUUCUAUUCAAUCACUCAUGACCCUUAUGGGACAGCGAAUACGAUGACAUGAUGGCAUUGCUGAGCUAAGCGAAA